CACACUCGCUCACACACACACUCAGCAGUGCGCCUGUGCUGCGAGGGGAUGGCCGAGCUGAGGUAGACGCGUCCUGCCUGGCGAGAUAAACCUCCGUGUGCGUUUGGUUGUUUUGGAUGCAGGGAGCACACGAACACACAGCCCAGCCCAGGUUUUUUGAGGGGACAACAUGCGGAGUCCUGAGCGGACAGUGUCGCUGCGUUGUGCCGUCGCUGUGCAGCAGUAAACGAGGAGGUGCCGGCGCGGUCCGCUGCUGCGCCCUGGAUAAUGUCUGGACUCGCAGAGCCCGAGUGCGCAGAUCUGCUGACUGGGAAAGUUGUCCUCCGCUCGUCUUUUGGGAUCUGAGACAAAAGAUGCAUCUGUUUCGGAGUCAUAAUUAUCAAGUGUUCCCGGACCGACACUCAGGGGAGACGCCGACCAUACGAGGCAUCAGCUGGACUCCGCUGCCUGAGGCCUUAAAUUCAAAGGACACGAUGAAGCAGUUUCUGUCAGAUCGUGUCGUGAAGGCGGCGAGAUCCCUGUACAGCAUCAUGAUCGAGAGGAACCCCGGUCUGAUCCGAGACAGGAAGUAUCACCUCAAAACAUACAGACAAUGCUGCACUGGAAAGGAGCUUGUCGACUGGCUGAUGAAACAAAAUGACUGCCUGCAGUCCAGAAGCCAGGCAGUCGGGAUGUGGCAGGUGUUGGUGGAUGAAGGAAUCCUUGUUCAUGUCAAACAUGAGUUGAACUUCCUGGACAAGGACACCCAGUUCUACCGCUUCCAGGACGCAGAGUGCGGCCUGAACCACACGACGAACGAGAGGGAGUCGGACGACGAGCUGCAGGAGAGCCUGUCGCUGCUGUCUCAGCUCGGUCCGGACGCCCUGCUCACUAUGAUCCUACGCAAAUGUCCGAGUCAGAGGAGCGCUGAGGACCUGGAGGUCAUCUACGAGGAGCUGCUUCACGUCAAGGCUGCGGCUCAUCUCUCCACCUCAGUGCGUAAGGAGCUGGCGGCGGUGCUGGUCUUUGAAUCACAUGCCAAGGCCGGAACAGUCUUGUUCAGUCAGGGGGACAAAGGCACUUCCUGGUACAUCAUCUGGAAAGGUUCUGUCAAUGUGAUCACACACGGGAAGGGCCUGGUGACCACGCUGCACGAGGGCGAGGACUUUGGGCAGCUAGCGCUGCUGAACGACGCGCCUCGCGCCGCCACCAUCAUCUUGAGAGAAGACAACUGCCAUUUCCUCCGCGUUGAUAAGCAGGACUUCAUCCGCAUCCUCAAGGAUGUUGAGGCGAACACAGUGCGACUUGAGGAGCACGGGAAGACUGUGCUGGUGCUGGAGAAGAGCUCCGACUGGGCCGAGCAGGGAGGAGCGGGAAACAACAGCAAGUACACAGUCAUGUCAGGGACACCUGAGAAAAUCCUGGAGCACCUGUUGGAAACAGUCAAGCUGGACUCUAAUGGAAAUGACGCCAUAGAUCCCUGCGUGAGCGACUUUCUGCUCACCCACAAAGUCUUCAUGCCCUCCAGCCUGCUGUGUCCCGCACUGCAGCACCAGUACAAGGCAGAGCUCUCAGAGGGCUCCGAGCAGGAGAAGGCGUCCUACAUUCUCACCACAAAGCAGAAGGUAGUGAAGCUGAUCGGCCAGUGGGUGGCGCUGUACGGCCCCCUGCUGAAAGAGGACCCCAUUGCUAUGGACUUCCUGGAGAGGCUGAAGAAGGAGGUGGCCGCUGAUUUCCGUCUGAGCAGCGUGCUGAAGGAAUUUCGGGAGAGAAGGAGAACAAAGAUAUUGGAGAAUGGAUACCAGUCACUGAGCAGGAACCAGCAGUUUGAUUGGUUUUCAAACUGCGAGGAGCCGGUGGGGAGGCUGCAGCCAAUCAGAGCGCACGAUAAAGUUCUGUAUGAGAUCUACCGGCCGGACAACAAACCUCUCACCCUGAUGCUCCCCGUGAACACGUCUGUGCAGGACGUGAUGUCGGCAAUCGUCAAACCUGGAGGAGAUCACGUCCUGGUCAAAAUGAACUCCACGGGAGAAAGAGCUCAGCUGAAGCUGGAUGCCACUGCGGUCUACACAGCGCUGGGACUCAACGAGAGACUGUUCAUCUGCACGAGCAGCCAAGUGGAUCAGCUGACGCCUCUGAAGGAGCAGCAGGGUCCAGAGCGAGGAACGACCGACGUCCUGGAACAGAUGAGCUCUAAAGACAUCGCCACUGAACUCACCAAUUACGACUGGGAACUGUUCACCGCCAUGCACGAGGUGGAGCUCGUCUACUACGUGUUCGGCCGGCACAAGUUCCCCGGCGCCAUCACGGCUAACCUGGAGCGCUUCGUGCGGCGCUUCAAUGAGGUGCAGCACUGGGUGGUGACAGAGCUGUGCCUCUGUGAAGACCUGGUGAAACGAGCCGUUCUGCUCAAGAAGUUCAUAAAGAUCGCAGCAGUAUUAAAGGAGCAGAAGAAUCUCAACUCGUUCUUCGCGGUGAUGUUCGGCCUGAGCAACAGCGCAGUGCACAGGCUUUACAAGACCUGGGAGAGAAUCCCCAGCAAGACAAAAAGAGUUUACUGUGCAUUUGAGAGACUGAUGGAUCCCUCACGGAACCACCGGGCCUACAGACUGGCUGUGGCCAAACUCAGUCCGCCCUACAUCCCCUUCAUGCCUCUGCUGCUCAAAGACAUGACAUUCAUCAACGAGGGAAAUCCAAACUACGUGGAAAAACUGGUCAAUUUUGAGAAACUGCGCAUGAUCGCCAAGACGGUGAAAAUAGUUCGAGGAUGCAGAAGCCAGCCGUACGUGCCGUCGUCUCCACAGAGGGGGCUGGCAGACCGGAUGUUUCUGGAAGGGCCUGCGACGCGUAUAUCUACAUACUCGAACCACGCCCUCCCUCUGCAGAGCCCCACCAACAUCCGGCACUACAUUCAGAACCUGAAGGUGAUCGACAGCCAGCGCAAACUCACACAGCUGUCGAGAACGAUAGAGUGCUAGGACUUCAUCCCGCCAGUGCGCCACGACUCUGUAAAACUGUAGCACGAAUCUGAAAAAAAAAA